AUGCUCGCCUCUCCGAUCGCAAAGACCGUCCGGUCCUUCUACGAUCGAGGAGAAUCCUUCCGGAUCUUCCGCGGCUCGACCAACAGCACCCGCCCGCCACACCACGAGAAAACCGUCGACAUCAGCGCCCUAUCGAACAUCAUCCACAUCAACCAAGAUGCACACACAAUCCUCGUCGAGCCCAAUGUCCCCAUGGACCGACUCGUCGCCGCUACACUCCAGCACAACCUCAUCCCACCCGUGGUCAUGGAGUUCCCAGGUAUCACCGCAGGCGGCGGCUACGCCGCGUCCGCAGGCGAGAGCAGCUCAUUCAAGCACGGCUACUUCGACCAAACAGCCAACUGGGUCGAGAUGAUACUAGGAAAUGGGGAUAUCAUCAAAGCCUCACCCACCGAGAACUCAGAUCUCUUCCAGGGCGCCGCUGGCGCGUUGGGGACCCUCGGGAUCAUGACGUUGAUCGAGCUGCGACUCAUACCGGCGAAAAAAUACGUAUGUACUACAUACCACCGAACCGGCAGCGUCGCAGAGACAAUCGAGACGAUACAGCGAGAGACUCAGGAUGCUGGUAACGACUACAUCGACGGUAUCAUCUUCUCGAAGACGCACGGCGUAGUCAUCACCGGCCGAAUGACCGACUCCCUACCAUCCACGACUAAACCACAGACCUUCAGCCGCGCCUGGGACCCCUGGUACUACCUCCACCUCCAAUCCAAGACCGCUCCCCUCAACCCAGCCGGCACCACAAGCGACUACGUACCCCUGCCAGAGUACCUCUUCCGCUGGGACCGCGGCGGCUUCUGGGUCGGGCGCGAGGCAUUCAGUUACUUCGGCCCGAUACCGUUCAACCGCUAUACCCGCUGGUUCCUCGACGACUUCAUGCACACGCGCAUGCUGUACCGGGCCCUGCACAGCGGCAGCGGCAGCGAGCGCUCGGCGUUCGGGGUUAUGGUCCAGGACCUGGCGCUGCCGUAUGCGACCGCGGAGGCGUUUAUCGACUAUACGGCGACGGAGCUGGAUAUCUGGCCGUUGUGGCUUUGUCCGCUGCGCGGGGUGCAGGGGGCUACGUUUCACCCAUCUACUACCCUGGCGGAGCCGAUGUUGAAUAUCGGGCUUUGGGGUCGUGCGUCGAGGGAUUGGAAUACGUUUGUAUGCCACAAUCGGCGGUUGGAGAAGGUGCUUGGGACGCUUGGGGGCCGGAAGGUUUUGUACUCGCAUACUUACUAUACCGAGGAGGAGUUCUGGGCGCUGUAUGAUUGA